AUGAGGUCGGUUCAUAGAGGCUCUUCUAGCCCUCUAUUGUCGAGUCUCUUUCUCAAGAUUUUCUUGAACAGCAGUAUUAGAAAAACUUCUACUGGAGCACCUCAAAAAGCCUCUCCUCGAUCUAUUUCCUCUGAAGUGCCUCAUAAGACAUCUCCUCGAGCUGGUUCCUCAGAAAUGUCCCAAAAGAUUUCUCCUCAAGUUGUGCGCAAACUGAAGACAGCUGCACAAGAUUCAGAUCAACCUGCCUCUUCUACGAAUUUGUCUAGUAGGGUGCCAAAGGAGAGAAGUCCUAAAGUUGCCAAUCGCAGGCUAUCCAAAAGCCCUGUGUCUGAGAAGAAGCGUCCAAGCAAGGUUGUGGAACUAGAGCACCAGAUAUCUCAGCUUGAGGAUGAUCUAAAAACUGUGAAGGAUCAGCUCUGCUCUUCAGAAGCAUCAAAGAGACAAGCUCAGAAAGAUUCAGAGGAAUUGAACCAGCAGCUCUUGGCCCUAUCAUCAAAACUCGAAGAGUCCCAUAAGCAACUUUUGGAGCAGUCAAACUCUGAGAAUGGACAAGUAAUUGAGAUUUCUAAGAACUCUGAAGAAUGCGAUCAGACGUUACAAUCUGAACUUGAUGCUUUAAAAAAUGAUCAGUCAGUCGAUUCAGCUGCAUUAACCUCUGCCCUAAAUGAGAUCGAGCAACUUAAACUGCAACUUGAAAUGGUAGCAGAAUCUGAAGCUACCCAGACGAAGAACUCAGAAUCUGCACAGAGUGAGCUUUAUAAGCUUAAAGAGAACCUAGAUGAAACUCUUUCGAUUGUGGAAGCUAUGAAAAAACAGCUUGGAGACUGCAAAGAAUCAGAAGCUCGUGCCCAAUUACUCGUAGGGGAAACACUAAAGCAACUGGAAACAGCAAAAAAGACUGCGGAGAACCUUAGAUCGGAUGGAUUUAAGGCCGUUGAAGCAUAUGAUGCUAUAGCUUCUGAGUUGGGCCAUUCAAGAGCUCUUGUUACAUUUCUGGAAGAGCUUGUUAGCAAACUCAAUUCUGAUAUCAGUGAUUCGCCAAAUAAAGGUGAUUCUAAAACUGAUUUUGAAAGUAAAGAUAAUGAAAGAAGUGAAGAAUCAAUAGAAGCUGAGGUGACUUCUGUUAAACUUGAAGUUGAACGCCUAAGACAUGCUUUAGAAGCAGCUGAAAUCAAAUACAAUGAAGAACAAUCUCAAAGUGCAGAACGGAUGAGAAGUGCUUAUGAAUUGAUGGAACAGAUAAAGUCCAUGUCAAGCCAGAGAGAGGCCGAGCUUGAGUUUAAGUUACGGCUCUCCGAAGAUGAAAUGGAGGAGUUGAAGGCAAAUCUGAUGGACAAGGAAACUGAAUUACAAGGUAUCUGUGAUGAGAACGAGCAGCUGACAAUUAGGCUUGAAACUUCACUACCAGACCAGAGAGAAUAUGAACUGGAAAAGGACCUCCAGAAAUCAAAGACAGACAUGGAGAAUUUGAGAGCCUAUUUGAUGGAUAAAGAAACUGAGUUGCAAUAUGUAUCAGAGGAGAAUGAAACGCUGAAGUUGAAGAUCAAGGAAAUCAAGAUGGGUAACCUAAGUGAUGAAGUUGCCUCUGAAGUAGAGUCAGCAAGGUGUGCAGAGCAGGAGGCUCUUAUGAAGGUUGGGUACAUGACAGAGGAAGUCGAAAAGAGUAACGGGAGGACCACUCGAAUGGCUGAGCAGUUGGAAGCAGCACAGGCAACCAAUGCAGAAAUGGAAACCGAGUUAAGGAGGCUAAAGGUUCAGUCGGAUCAGUGGAGGAAGGCUGCAGAGGCUGCUGCUUCUAUGCUUUCAGUUGGAAAUAACGGCAAACUCAUGGAAAGAACUGGAUCAAUGGACAGCAACUAUAGCCCCAGGACAGGAAAGAUAAGUUCACCUUAUGCAGAGGAUGUCAAUGAAGAUUUGCUUAAGAAGAAAAAUGCCAACAUGCUUAGAAGGCUCGGGGUCUUGUGGAAGAAGCCACAGAAAUAG